AGAUGUCAUUGUUAAAGAGAAGAACAUGAAAAGGAAAUUUAAUGAUUCUCAAAGUGUCAAGUUAAAAAUUCAAGUGAAGAGUCAUCCUAAUCCUUCAAAAGGAAUUCUUGGACCUUGUCCUACUUUAAAUGAUCUUGAGAGAGAAAAGAUUGAGAGGAGUAAGGGAGUAACAAGUGGCAAUUCAAGAGUGGAAAAAGGAAAGCUUGAGUUGAGGGUAUUGAGUGAAUUGCCACAAGAAAAGAGAGAAAGCACUUGAAAAUGAGAAAAAUGAAAAGAAAGAGGGAAAGAAAAUUGAGAUAAGUGAAGAAAAAGAGAGUUUGAGAGAGCUUGCUUCUUAUUUUCACUCUAAUGCUAAUCCUUCUUCAUCUCCUAGUUGUAAUGUCUCUUUUGUAGGUAAGUUUGAAAGUGAAGCCAUGACGGAUGGAACAACGGAAAGCCUUCGACCUUUAAGGAUGCAAGCGUUGGUCGAGACACCCACUUCUUCUUCAAGUGUUCAAGUGAGCUUCAAUGAUAAAAACAAAGACAAAGAUGGAAUUUUAGAAGAAUUUCAAGGCUUGAAUUCGAGGACAAAUUCUUUUCAAGAAGGGGAGAAUGAUGCAAAUCAAGGUAGCAAAAUUAAUAUCAAGAAUGAGGGUGUGAACUAUCUUAAAUAUAGAAGCUUUAAAUCACCCACAAAGAGCUCAAAGUGCCAUGAAAGAUUCAUUAAAAGAGCUUUUAAAGUCCAUAACAUGCUCAAAUGGAUUUUAUGAAGGAAGUGAUGACAACCAAGGAGGUCAUCAAGGAUUUUGGAGCAUUCUUCCAACCAUCAUGAGAUUGGAGGACUUAAAGGAGGUGUGAAAAGAAGACUUCAAGGCCACCAAUAUGCUCAAGUGGCUAAUUUUUAUUAAUUUUGGUCAUUCUGGUAAUUUAGUUAUUUUUGCAAGACUUGUAUAAAUAGUCUUUAAUUCUUCAUUUAGGGAGCCAACUUUUAAGAUAGAAAAUACUCUUUGUGUGAGUUUAUGGGAGGAUUCCCUUAUAUCGCUUCAAUGAACCUCUCUUGAAUACUCUAAGUAAGUAUUCCAUGUAUG